AUGCAGAAAUACAGACAGCGCCUUGCCGGAUACGAGCGUCUGCGCAUGCCCACUGAUGAAUCGAUAAAUGGGAGUUGUGUUGGUGCGUCCAGUGGCAGCGAGGUAGUGAUAGGUAGUGAACGGCGCUCCGGGAGCAAAACAAUCUCGGGGAAAUCAACACAUCCGUUGAUAUCGACGUAUGCUGCGAAACACGGCGACCAAUCAAUAGCCGCCGUUGAUGUAAACACUGAAAAGGAGGCAGGGCUUGAAGUUAUGACCAACGCUCCUGCUGAGAGGACGCCGAGUGUAUUUAACACAGCCAUCUCGACACGGGCUAGUCAGUUGAACCCAAACGGUCGUACUAACGAGUUUGGUGGAAGAAGCGUGCCGCACGUCUUUAGAGGGAAAUUACCGAGUCACAAAAAGUCCAAGUCGUUCCGUACUUUGGAGUCAGUUGUAAAGAAGAUCAACUUGCAGAAGAAGAUUGGUCUGAAAAUCACCAUGCUCCGAGCACCAGAUUCAUCCGGUAGCACGUCAACAGAUUCCAACCUGUUGACUGUGGAUGACAACAGCAUGAGACCUAGAGCUUACACAGACCCGACAUCCGACGGCAAGGGGAAGACGGCAAUUAAGCUUCCCGAGAUUACCAUUGAAGACUGUUCGGACCCUGAGGACAAGAUGAACAGUGAGGUGGAGAUGUUCUCCGAUUUGUCCCCUCCACGCCGGAGGGCAAACAACGUGUCCGGAAGGAGUUCUUCAACAGACGACGAAAGGGAGGCCUCAACACCCCCUCCAACAUCCCGAAACGGCAGCCCUACCAACAAAUUCACUUUCGGGAACGUGAGGAGUCCCAGCAAAAGUCCCGUGUCAUUCGUGCACCAUAAACUGAGCAAAGUGUCUGAAGAUGGCGGUGAAGCGCCUAAUGACAGGAACGUGUCAACAAAGUCGUCUGCUCGUAUGAGUAAGCAGACGAUCGCCAACAGACGGAGUUCCUUCAACACCAUGGCUAGCCUUAGGGCAGGUCUUGCCUCCAAAUUAACACUGAUUGAAUCUGAGGACGAAAUGAGGACGGAAAAGGGGCAGUUUGCUGUUGCAAAGCCCGAAGCUUCGAGGGCAAGUUGA